AAAUCAUAACAUAUCCGUUUAUGGCCCAUUAUCCUAUUUUUCAGGUUUCAUAUUUAAGGCAAGUAGUUGCAAUGUUUCGUUUCGGCUAUGAGCGAUAGUGCAAGUGUCAAUAGUUCAAAUAGUUCAGAUCUUUUGAGAACAACGAUCUUGGGAUGAGUUUCAGAUAUUCUAAUUAAUCCAUCGAAUCCACGCGAUUAUUUGGUUCAAGUUUAAAUUACUCAAAACUGAAGGAAAAUGACUGUAGAUAUAGUCGGAUUGGUUUAUGCUGGGGUAGUAGCAGCUGGAGGUAUAAUGGGAUAUGUUAAAGCAGGUUCAAUUCCUUCUUUAGCAGCUGGUCUUGUUUUCGGUGGUGCUUUGACUUAUGGCGCUCACCAGAUGAGCAUGCAGCCUCCUAACUAUGUACCACAACUAGUAACAUCAUCUGUAUUGGCGGGAGUCAUGGGUUACAGAUUCUACAAUUCUGGUAAACUCAUGCCUGCUGGAGUGGUCUGUAUUUUAUCAGUGGGAAUAAUAGUCAAAAUAGCACUAGGUGCUGCAGGAGUUUUACCUGGAUGGCUUGGUGGAGUAUCAGACAAAACUUCCGGUAAUAUGACUUCUAGCCUACCACAUACUUCUACUGUGCCAAACCUAGUCUCAACAACUGAAAAAUGAGAUUCUGAAAUCACUACCACAAGAGGAUCGAAUCAUUAUUGGUUAUAUUUGUUACUCGUUGCUUUCGAAUAUUUAUAAUUUUAUAAGGUUAUGUCUUCCAUAAUAUGAAGAAUAUUGAAAAUGAUGAGAUGUGUGAGAAACAAAUCGAACACUCAUUAUUUGAAAUUCUAUUUACAAUAAAUUCAUUAUAAAGAUCAUAA